AUGCCUUUGCAACGCGUCAACUCCAGCUCGAGGCUGGUGGACACACACCAGCACACAGAGAAACGCACGUCCAAGAGUGCUCGCUGGUCCAAGACACGAAUCCUCCUGGCCGUGGUCGUCGUGCUGGCAGUGGCAGUGGCCAUCGCCGUGCCACUCGUCGUCAUCAAUCGCAACCACUCCAGCAAGCCAAGCGUCGAGACACUCGACUGCACGGACCCAGACUCCCGCGCCACCGUGAUCCACCUUGGCACGACCGAGGUGGAGACCGUGGAAAACUGCUGCUGCGAAGCCUUCAACCAGUUGCACAAGGUCACAGGCUCUGUCACGUUGGCCUCUUCCCUCACCUCCCUCGAUCUCACGGACGUCAACGUCUCCCACAUUGGCGCCAUCGAAGGCAGCAACGGACAGCUCACCGCCGUGGACUUUGGCAACACACUCACCCACGUUCAGGGCACGGUGAACCUCAGCAGCAACAGCAUCAGCAGCAUCCGCUUUGGGGCCCUCGAAACUGUUGGCGGCCACCUGUUCCUCAACGACAACAGCCUCUCUGCGAUUGACUUUGGCAACUUCUCCACUGUCGGCGUCAGCCUGAACGUGAGCGGGAACCCGCUGACGUCCUUCUUCUUCUCCAACCUCACCCACGUCGGCGAUGUGACAGACCAUCUGUAUGUCGGAUCCAGGCAGUGGGGGGUCACCGACGGCACCGUCAGCAACAUUGACCUCGACGGCACCCAGAUCACCGCCAUCGACUUUGGCCGCAACACCCGCCUCACUUCAAGCUUCGUCACGCACGACAUUGGCGAUGAUGUGCCAAGCGUGCUCCAGUCCGUCGGGUUUGGUGAUAUCACGCUCAUUGAUGCGUACGUCAGUCUUGAGCGCACGCUGUUGCCAUCCCUCGACUUUGCCGGUGUCACGGAGAUUACGGGCAGCCUGGACCUCAGCCGCUCAAGUCGCCUCACCAGUGUCAGCUUUGGUGUGCUCACGGCCAUUGGCGAGUACGUUUACCUCGACUCAACCAACCUCACCAGCGUCAACCUUGCCUCCGUGGCCAGCGUCGGUGGUGACCUGAGCUUGAACUCCGCCUCCAUCACCAGCGUCGACUUUGGUGCGCUGACGAGCGUGGGCGGUCGCCUCCACGUGAUUGGCACCGCGGCAAAGAGGAUUGACCUGGCGUCCAUCGCCACCGUGGGCCAGAGCGUCAUGAUCCAGAACAGCAAGCUCGACAGCCUCUCGCUUGGUGCCCUCACCAGCAUUGGCGGGCAGCUGAGCCUCGCUCGCUGUGGGCUCACCACUGUUGACCUCGGCGGCCUCACGUCUGUCGUGUACAACCUGGACCUCCUCUCCAACGGCCUGGUGAGCGUCAACUUUGGCAGCCUCACCGCCGUGGGCGGCAACAUCGACCUCAGCCUGAAUGCGCUGACGAGCGUUGACUUUGGCAACAUCCAGACGAUUGACGGCUUUGUGAGCACCCUUGGCAACUGGAACAUCACCAGCAUCAGCUUCGGCAGCUUGCAGUCUGUCGGCCAAUACAUGACCUUCUCCAACAGCCAAGUGACUGCCAUCUCGUUUGCGAACUUGGCAAGCGUGGGAGGCAACAUCGACCUCUCGCGCAACAGCCACCUCACCAGCCUCGACUUUGGCGCCCUUACAAGCAUUGGUGGUGCGCUGAAACUUGGCUCGGACAACUUCACCACGUUUGACCUCAAAGGUCUGACCACCUUUGAUGGUCAGCUUGAUCUCUCUGGGAACGUUGACUUGAAUACUGUUAACUGUCGUGGCCUUGGCUCCUGCAUUUCCGUCCCUGAUGGUGUCACGACCACCAACUGCCCAGCAGCCUGCUGACAAGUAGAACGAAGA